AUGGCCCCCGAGACGGCUCGACUGAUUCUCGCCCAGCGCCUCGGCCUGGCGCGCUUCCACUCGGUCAAGGACGCCGAUGCCGAGGCAAUCAAGAGCAUCAACGCAUACGGAGGGCGACCGCAGAAGCUGUUUGGAGAGCAGGCGGACACAUCAAGAGCCCAGCUGCUCGUGUGGCUGGACGACGCCGAGGACAGCCUCGUCACAAAGCUGCGCCACGUUGCCACAUCAUCGUUCGAGAUCUCGAGCCCCCCGCCUUCGGCAGACAACGACCGCCUGAUCGAGGACUUCACGACACAGGCCGAGUCCCUGCCCAAGCACGCCGACCCCCAGGCGAAGACGUACUCGGCAGGCAUCGACGCUGAAUCAGCCCUCUCCGCGCUCAAGAAGACGACGCUCCACAACGAGUACCUGACCAUCUUCCGCGCCGACAAGAACGAUGACAUCGAGAGCAACAUCCUGCAGUACACCCUCCCCGGCCUGGCCGCGCGCGGUCUCGACAUCACCGUCGUCGCCAUGCCGUCCUCGCCGGCCAACUCCAAGCGCCGCGUAGUCUCCUCAUACGGCACCUACGACAUGCCCACUUCCAUCGAGGCGCGCCGCAAUCGCCAGGAUCCAGAGGCGCUCCUCUCCCUCACGCCCGAGCCCUCGACAUCCCCCAAUCCCAAGGCCUCGUACUCGGACCUCGAGGACUUCCCCGUCUUCACCUCGGACAAGAAGACCAACGGCACCGUCCGCGGCAUCCUGCCCCCCUUCUUCAGCUCGCUCGCCUCGUGCGAGAAGACGACGCUCGGCUGCUCCGGCCACGGCGAGUGCAAGCUGCUGCACAAGGCCCAGGACAAGACGCAGCAGGACCGCUACGGCUGCGCUUGCAAGCCCACCAUUGUCGGCAAGGGCAAGGACCGCAAGGUGACGCACUGGGCUGGGCCCGCGUGCCAGAAGAAGGACAUUUCCGUUCCGUUCUGGCUGUUUGUUGGAACCGGCGUCAUGCUGGCAUUCCUCAUCUCGACCAUCAUUGGUAUGAUGUACUCGAUUGGCAGCGAGGAGCUGCCGAGUGUCAUCGGCGCCGGUGUCAGCGGGCCCGCGAGGAAGUAG